UAUUUUGUCCGACGUUUACUUUUAAGCUUUAUUCAUUUUGAAGAGAAAGUGUCUGUGGGAGAGAGAGAGAGAGAGGGAGAGAGGAGAGUACAAGAUGGCAAGCUGCAACAUGGCAUCAGCUGCUUCUGGGUUUGUGCUAACAGCAAAUGUUACAGGCAGCACAAGCUCAUCUGCUAGGAGCAGCAUGUUAUUCUUCCCUUUGAAGAACAACAGCAGCAGCAGCAGCAGCAGUUCAAGGCUUGUUGUUAGGGCAGCUGAGGAGGGGGCAGCUCCACCACCCGCCCCUGCACCAGUUGGAGGUGAAGCUCCAAAGCCUAAGCCACCUCCAAUUGGUCCCAAAAGAGGAGCUAAGGUUAAGAUUCUUAGGAGAGAGUCUUACUGGUACAAUGGCAUUGGAUCUGUGGUAGCAGUCGACCAGGACCCAAAGACUCGCUACCCGGUGGUGGUUCGGUUCAACAAAGUUAACUAUGCUAAUGUAUCUACAAAUAACUAUGCUUUGGAUGAGAUUGUAGAAGUUUAAUGAGUCAUAUGGUUGUUGUACUGUUCUUAUAAUUGUAAUUCUCCCCACUAUUCCACCCUCUAGCUUCAGCUUGUUUGUGCCCGGAAUCUGUAUCAUACUCUCUUUGUUCUUGUUUUGUUCGUCCUUAUAAUGUUAUGAUUGCUGCUCCGAGUAUCCAAA